UUUGGUAUUGGAGGAUUUAGUAUGAGUGUUGUUGUUGGGCACUCAGCAUCCUGUUUUGCUGUUGGGAAAUACGCUACUGGAAACUUCUACCCGAUUAAUUUGAGGGCAAUAGUUGGACUUAGUGGUUGGCUUCCAAGUGCAAGGAACUUGAGGAACAAGAUGGGAGGUUCAUAUGAUGCUGCAACGAGGGCCGCGUCCUUGCCAAUUUUCAUCUGUAAUGGAAAAUCUGAUGAAGUAGUUGCAUAUAAAUUUGGGGAGAAAUAUGCACAAGCCUUGACUUCAGGUGGAUUUUGAAAUCUCACAUUCAAAAGCCAUGAUGGUCUUGGACAUUAUACAAUACCCAUGGAGAUGGAUGAAGUCUGUAAUUUCUUGGUAUCCUGGUUGGGACUUGAAUGUGUAUUAUGGAUCUAG